AGGAGGCAUAAACCGGGCUGGGGCGGCGGUGCCGACAUUCUUGCGGACCCCCACUAUGAUCCAGCCCCACCUGGACAUGAAGCCCUUCCUGCAUUACCCCAUGGAGACCGCCCCUCCUCCGCACAGCAUGAGUCUCUUCCACAACUUCAACACGAUGGACCCGGUGCAGAAGGCCGUGAUCAACCACACCUUUGGCGUCCCACUGAUCAAGACCAAGAGGCCAAUCAUCUCCUGUAACGUCUGCCAGAUCCGCUUCAACUCAGAGAGCCAGGCAGAAGCCCAUUACAAAGGAAACCGCCAUGCCAGGAGAGUCAAAGGCAUCGAGACCUCUAAGAGUCGUCCUCAGGAGGGGGACAAGCCUCAUACCGUGCCCCCCACCUCCUCCCCAUCCCCAGGAGCUCCUGGCAAUGCAGACAGCGAGCCCAGCAAAGCGGAUGAAACACGACCUCUCUCACAGUUAAAUGGGCCCCUGCUGGCCCCGGGGCCCCUUCCCCUUCUCACCACCCCACCUACCCCACCCAUGGACUCCCCCGUGCCCUCAGUAUGCCCCCUCCUGCCCACCCCCACCACCCCCACUCCUCCCCUGAUCCCCCCUUCCUCCUCCUCCCCAGGCUGCGGCAGUGGCAGUGCCAGCUCAGAGCAGCCCGGAUCUGGACCCCUGGUUUCAGGAGCCGCCGGCACCUCAUCCUCCAGCAGCCCGUCCAAUCCAGAGACAGAGGAGGACAAGGCCAAGAAGCUGCUGUACUGCUCACUGUGCAAGGUGGCUGUCAAUUCCUUGUCACAGCUGGAGGCCCACAACAAAGGUACCAAACACAAAACUAUCCUGGAGGCACGGAGCGGGCUGGGCCCCAUCAAGGCGUAUCCUCGCUUGGGCCCUAAGCCCAGUGGAGAGCAGGGAGGGGGGCCGGUGGACCCCAAUACUCAGGAACGAACCUUCCACUGUGAGAUCUGCAACGUGCGGGUCAACUCUGAACUGCAACUCAAACAGCACAUAUCAAGUCGAAGACACCGGGACGGCAUGGCAGGCAAGCCUAACCCCCUCCUCAGCCGACACAAGAAGCACAGGGGAGCUGAUCUGACGUCUUCUUUGACCUUCUCCAAGGAUCUCACCAAAGCUUUGGGUGCAGGGCUUUUGCCCAACCCCUUGGCUGUUGCUGCAGCAAUGGCCGCUGCAGCAUCCUCGAACCCACUGGCUCUCCGUGCAGCAGCUCCUGCACACCACCCGCACCAUCACCUAUUGCAAGGCCCUCCUCUCAGCCACGCCAUCCUGAGACCCGCCCCUGGGCCCAUCCGCACCACCCACGGGCCAAUCCUCUUCUCCCCGUACUGACACAUCACCCACUGACUUCGGCCAGUCAGGAACAGCCACUCUAAAAGCACACUGUGAAGAUACAAACAUGAUCAACAAACAGCAAUUGAGGGGGAAAAAAAUCCAACCAUUUAAAUAUCGAACUGAGAGAAAAGCAAGGGAAAGGAGCAGUGGAAAGGAGUUGUAUGUGUCUCUCUUUCUUCCCUUUACCUGAAACUCUCCCUUCAUUUCAAAGACUUCUGAGUGAUCCACAGAUGGAAUGAGCAGAGGAGAGAUUUUCAUUAUGCAUUGAACUCCCAUGUCAUCUCUCACUUCCCUCUGGCCCUUCUCCCUUGCACUGUGGCCCUGUCAUGGCCGCCUCAAUAGCUACAGAAGAAACACAUGCAGAACUUUCUAGAAACAUUAAACCACAUGUAGUGUUACAUAAUUAUUCUGGGCCAGGUUGGUUUUCUCCUGUCAUCACGGCUCAACGUGUUCUUCUCAUCCUAUGCACCUCAAAAACCAAGACAAUAAUGUUAUGUCAGUAGGGUAGCUGCUUCCAUCGGUCUUUGCUGUAUGCGCCUCAUGUAGCUGUGGCGGCCUCCACGGUACUGUACAUGUCCCCUUCUACGCCGGAGGCCAGCAACUCUUCAAUUUGUGACACUAGGUCCUAGCUAGAAACAACAUGACUUUGGCUGACAGGCAGGUGGUAGCCGCAUCUGAACAUGU